AUGAAUAUUUUUCCCUUAAUAAAUAUAGCUGAUGUUAUUGAAUUUGAUUCUUCAUCAUAUUGUGAAAAUGUUCAAUUAAAUGCUUCAUCUUCUAAUUCAUCUUUUCCAUCGAUUUAUCUAGCAAGCAUCCAAACUCAUUUUAUAACAUCAACAGGAAAUAAUUCUUUACAAUUAAUUAAUACAUCAACAUCAUCACCUUUAAUAUCAUCAUCUUCAUCUUCUUCAAAUAACAAAACUCUUGAAUCACACAAAAAAAUAACAAAUUUGUUAGCUGUAUUUAGUUUUAGUUAUUCCUAG